CGCUUCGAGAAAAACCUAAAAAUCACAAGAGCAGCAAACACGGAGGUAAAUCUCGUCCGCUUCGAUUUCGGCGAUACGCAAAGCCCCGUGCGUAGCCCCAGAUAUUUAAGAGGACGAAUCGAACGAAAGAGUGAGGCCAGUGAUUGGAAUAAGCAGUUGGUGGGCAGCAAAAGCCAACGAAACCACACACAGUCAUGUACGGCCACAGCAGAACUCGAGAUUUCUUCCCAGCGGCCCUGAUCACCGGUUUCCUGGUGACAACGCUUUUCAUUCGCCAGAGCGUACAGCAGAACGACUACAAUGACUACCUGAAGCGCGAGCACUCUUUGUUCAAACCCUAUCAAGGAUCCGGUAUGACCAUACCCUACUGGGAUUUCAUCGGUACCACAUUUGUGACGAACUCGUACGUGCGCCUCACGCCCGACUUGCAAUCGAAGAAUGGGGCCAUUUGGAAUCAUGUGCCCUGCACAUCGAUAAACUGGGAGUUGCAGGUGAACUUUAAGGUGCAUGGCCAUGGAAAGGAUCUGUUCGGGGAUGGGUUCGCGCUAUGGUAUGCCCGGGACCGACUACAGACCGGGGCAGUGUUCGGCAGCAAAGACAACUUCCUCGGACUCGCCAUCAUCCUCGACACGUACAGCAAUCACAAUGGACCGCAUAACCAUCAGCAUCCGUACAUCAGUGCCAUGGUGAACAAUGGCAGCCUAUCGUAUGAUCACGACCGCGACGGAACCCACACACAGCUGGCCGGCUGUGAGGCAAAGUUCCGCAACGUCGAGUUCGAUACGCAGCUCAGCGUCCGGUACGAGAACGACGUGCUGACUGUGUCGACCGAUCUCGAAAACAAGGGCAGCUGGAAGGAGUGCCUGCGGGUAGAGGGUGUGAAGCUACCCACCGGGUACUACUUCGGUGCGUCCGCCACGACCGGCGAUCUGUCGGAUAACCAUGAUAUCAUUUCGAUCAAGUUCUACGAGCUGGAAGCUCCCUCGUUGCUAGCCGAAGAUCGUCGUCAGAUCGUACCAUCGGCGGCCACAUUCGAAGCCCCGCGCGAACACAGGGACGACCCGAAGCAGGGUAUGUCGAAUGUGAAGAUCUUCUUCCUCAUCCUGCUAAUGAUGUUGAUCGUCGUCGUGCUCGUCGUGAUCGGCAUCAUGUUCUAUCAGAAACACAAAGAGAAUGCUCGAAAGCGCUUCUACUAAGCACGAGGAAGGAGUCAGGGUUUGGUAGCCGGAUAUGUGUGUUGUGUGUGUAUGUGUGUAUGUGGCUCCAUAACGACGGAUGAUGAUAACAACUGUAUGGCCAAGGCCACGAAAGACAACAGCACAUACCAAACGAAUAGGAGUUUUAAAUUGACUUGUAUCGAUAAAUCGAGGUUUAAACGCCCCUCUCUUCAUCCAAAAAAAAAAAACAGACGCCAUCCGCCAGCGAAAAAGCCUAGCUAGCUAUCAUCAC